AGCCAACCUCAAAAUUCAGAAAUAGCAGCCCAUCUCUCUCCUUUUCCUUCUCUCUCUCCUCAACCUCAAGCAUCGCAGGCUACAAUGGCGGAGCAGAAAGCGACACCGCUGCUGAAGGACGAGUUGGACAUAGUGAUUCCGACCAUCAGAAACCUUGAUUUCUUGGAGAUGUGGAGGCCCUUCUUCGAGCCCUACCACCUCAUCAUUGUUCAAGAUGGCGACCCCUCCAAAGUCAUCAAAGUCCCAGAGGGCUUCGAUUACGAGCUCUACAAUCGCAACGACAUCAACAGGAUUCUCGGCCCCAAGGCCUCCUGCAUCUCGUUCAAGGACUCUGCUUGCCGAUGCUUCGGCUACAUGGUCUCCAAGAAGAAGUAUAUCUACACCAUCGACGACGAUUGCUUCGUUGCCAAAGACCCGACUGGGAAAGACAUCAACGCCCUUGAGCAGCACAUUAAGAACCUCUUGAGUCCAUCGACUCCCCAUUUCUUCAACACCCUAUACGAUCCGUACAGGGAGGGUGCGGACUUUGUCCGUGGCUAUCCUUUCAGCAUGCGUGUGGGUCAAUCGACUGCUGUCUCUCACGGCCUAUGGCUCAACAUCCCUGAUUAUGAUGCUCCCACUCAGCUUGUCAAGCCCCGUGAGCGGAACACCAGAUACGUGGAUGCUGUCCUGACGAUCCCCAAGGGAACCCUCUUCCCAAUGUGUGGUAUGAAUUUGGGAUUCAACCGUGACCUCAUCGGACCUGCAAUGUACUUUGGACUCAUGGGAGACGGCCAGCCCAUUGGGCGAUACGAUGACAUGUGGGCCGGAUGGUGCACCAAGGUGAUAUGCGACCACUUGAACCUUGGGAUCAAGACGGGGCUGCCCUACAUCUGGCACAGCAAGGCGAGCAACCCGUUUGUGAAUCUGAAGAAGGAAUACAAGGGAAUCUACUGGCAGGAGGAUAUCAUCCCGUUUUUCCAGGCGGUGAAGCUCCCCAAGGAGUGCACGACUGUGCAGCAAUGCUACCUUGAACUGGCGAAAGAGGUGAAGGCGAAACUCUCAGACAUCGAUCCCUACUUCACUAAACUGGCUGAUGCUAUGGUGACAUGGAUUGAGGCUUGGGAUGAGCUCAACCCUACUGGACCAGGAGCUUCCUCUGCUGCUCCUCCUGCUGCUGCUAAAUAGAUUUGCAUCUAAAAUUAUAUCAGUAAUGUUAGUUUCUUUACAUUACUGUCGUUUAUUUUUAAUCCUGAGUUGGUUAGCGGUUUGAUUGGAGAUAUGUUGGUUAAUUUAUUUAACCUUUUAAUUUUUGUCUUGAGGGAUCAUUUCAUAUUAUGACAAUUUGGAUUCUUCGAGUAUUAUUCAUAUAUUUUUCCAUCCA